UGAUCGCACGGCCUGCAAAAAGUUUCAGCGUGCGACCAGGUCAGAAUGAGGGCCAGUAACCGUUUAUUAUAUUGAGCGAAGAAAAUGAAAUAAAAAAAAAAGUUGCCAACAAAAAAAAUCUCUGAUAGUUUCUGCCCUUCGAUAAAUACACCCCUCUCCUCCCGUCCCCCCAUAUCUCUCUCUCUCCUUUCUCCCAUGUUCUCCAGCCUUGUUUUCCCAUCUCCACCUUUCCUAACUGGCAGCUCCUGCUGUGUUCUCAGGACAUGCGAGUGGUGUCCUGGAAGGUGACACCUAACCCUGUAUCCUGCACACAUAUUCCACACAUCCCCCCUGUCUCAUUCCUCCCCUCACAUCACAUCCCUGGAGCAGGGGAGGCUGUGGAAGGAGGGGGGCCCAGGACCAGACGCUCCAUAUAAAUACAAGACCUUAAAUAGCAACCUCACACUACACAGACUACAGACAUGGAGGUUCCAGGAUGCCCCGUCCACUUCAUACUACUGCUGGUGGUCCUUGGCACAGUGGGGAGCCAACUCUCUAAGCAGGUCCAUGAGAAUGGAUCGGAGAUUGACCAGUUCCCUGCCGAUUGUGAAGACGUGUUUGACCUGGGAGGGGAGGUCAGUGGAGUAUAUGUCAUAUACCCAGCAGGAUCACACAGCGCUGUCCCAGUAUAUUGCGAUAUGACUAGUGAUGAUGAAAAAUGGACGGUUAUCCAGAAAAGGUUCAAUGGCACCCUCAGUUUCUUCCGCGGAUGGGUUGACUAUAAAUCAGGCUUCGGCAGAGCGGAUGGAGAGUACUGGUUCGGGUUGCACAACAUUUAUCAGCUGACUCUACGGAAAAAGUAUGAGCUGAGGGUCGAAUUGGGAGACUUCGAUAACAACAAGACUUACGCCAAGUACGCAGACUUCUCCCUCUCUCCCAAAGCCAUAAACCCAGAGGAGGACGGGUACACCUUGUAUGUGGAGGGAUUUUCCGAUGGCGGAGCAGGUGACGCCCUGUCCUAUCACAAUGGAAUGAAGUUCUCCACCUACGACAGUGAUCGUGAUCACUUCCCGCAGAACUGCGCCUCCCUCUUGGCCGGAGGCUUCUGGUACAGAGGGUGUCACCUGGCUAACUUGAACGGGCCAUACUUGGGUGGGGCCCACCUCUCUUACGGUGCUGGGGUCAUCUGGACGCAGUGGAGGGGUCCCUAUUACUCUCUGAAGACCACUGAAAUGAAGAUACGCCGCGUGUGAUUGCCCUCUUUUCAGACCUGUGACGUUAAUAGCCUAUAGAGCUACCACUUCUUCUCUCCCUCCGUUCCUGGUGCUCCCAAACACUGCCGUGCUUUCCGUAUCCAGAGCCUCACUGCCUCCCAUUGCUUAACCCUCUAUAUCCAUCCACGUGGCUCUUACCUGUAACCUGCACAGUGGCAAUUCGUGGAUCCUCUAGUGAUCCCUCUGCAUGACCCCACUUCGCCAGCCCCCAAUGUCCAACUGUUAUUUCUGUCACAUAAAGGUUUUUUAACCUUCCAGAAUUUGUACUAAAAUCUCCUUGUAAAGAAAUAAAUGAUACACAAAGCAUUACUACCACGCCAAAGCAAAAGUCAA